AAUGUCUCAUAAAAUAAAAUUUAUUAGUUUUUUGAAGCUGGUGAGAAGAACACAAAAGAAAUUUGUUAAAAAAUUUUAAAAUGAAAUUAUUUGUGGUAUUUGCGGCUUUAUUGGCCUGCGUGGCGGCCUAUGAGGUGGAGUUGUUGACCGAACAACAAUGGGAGCAAUUUAUGCAGGAUGAGAGUAAGUUGACCCCCGAAACCAGAGGUUUGAUUUUAAACUCCCAAGCCAAGAAGGCUGUUAAAAAUGCUCUACAACAAAUGCCCUGCGGUUGGCCUGAAUAUGGUAUUCCUCCUUUGGCUCCCUAUACCAAUCCCGAUUUGGAAGUCCAUUUAGCCAAAUCUGUAGUAGAUGCCCUCGUUCAAAUGAUCCGUUUCCGUUUCGAUGGUUUGGAUAAAAUGGAAAUCAAGAAAUUGAAAGUCUCCUAUACUUUCAACAAGAAAGUUAAAUUCCAUUUCAAUUUCCCCGUUUUGAAGGCCACCGCUUCCCUCAUGAACACCGAUACCUUUUUGGAUACCAUGAAACAAUUGGGCUUGUCCGUACGCUAUGAGGGCAGUGGUCCUUUUGAGUUCUCUUUGCAAAAUCUCUCCAUUGAGGGUCAAUUCAAAUAUAAAAUGCCCUUCAUUUUCGGUUCCAUUAAGAUCUAUAAAUUCCAAGCUGUUGUUACUUUGGGUUCGGUUACCUCUAAUAUUGGUGGCAUUUUGGGUAAUGGCAAACUGAAUAAAUUGGUUAACGAUCAAAUUGAGGAUUUGGUGCCUUCGUUCAUUAAUGGUCAUCAGGCUGAGAUAAGUGCCAUGAUUGAGGAGAACUUUGUGCCUCGUGUUAAUGCCAUGAUGAAGGGUAAAAAGAUUUGGUAUAUGUUAGGUCAAUUGGGUGGUUCGACUAGUAAGUGUGAUGCUCCUCCAGCUCCCUGGUCGAAUGAGAUUUGAAACGGCUUUCUAAUGUGAUAUGAAAUAAAGGAAUUUGUUAACAUUUAAA